AUGCAGCCAUCGCUACUACCGGAAGUGCAGUGCAGCCGUUCGUGUACAGCAUACAAUAGAAGCAGAAUAUACUCGCUGCCUCCAUUAGAUUCAUUUUACAACACUUUUCCGUGUAGUCUUAUUACAAAAACUAUAAAACUGCAUAAAUCGACGACGAAUGACCACCGACUGAAAAUACGAGGAUUUACUUCCAAGUUGGUUGCGCUGGAUACGUCAUAUCCUUGGAGGGCUAUCACCACGCACAAAAUGUUUCUUGCCUUCAUUUUCGUAUUCAUUGGAUCGUUGGUCAACGCCCAACAAGGAACUGUUCAGCUCAGUCCAACCGCAACGGUAACGGGCGAAGCGUGCUGCUCUACCGGAACUGCUCCUGGAUUCGUGUAUUACGGAGUACGCUACGGCAACGCGCAACGUUUUCAGCAUUCGACGGAGAAUGAAGACUACUCGUUCCUACUUAAUGCUACGCGACCGAAAUUUGGCCCGGUUUGUCCACAAACCGGGCCGGAAGUGGAUGGAAAAGUAAUGUCGGAAGAUUGCUUAUACUUGGACAUUUAUGUUCCGCCGAUUCCUGCUGGCACCAGUCCCCAGUUGCCGGUGCUUAUGUUCAUUUACGGUGGCGGACUGCAAGGGGGCACCAAGGACACUUUUAAUGCAUCUUCAUUGGUUGCCGAUAUUAAUGCCAUUGUAGUUAUGAUGAAUUACCGCGUUGGCGCUUUAGGUUUCUUGAGCACCGGUGACGAAGCCGCGAAGGGCAACUACGGUCUGGGCGACUGCAAAGUGGCGGUGAAAUGGAUUCAGAAGCACAUUAGCAAGUUUGGUGGUGAUCCUAACGCGCUGACCGUUUUUGGCGAAAGCGCAGGAGCUGGAUUAACGUCCGCCUUGAUUCUCGGGCGCGAAAAGUCUAUCCGAAGCUCGCUUCGUGCGGUGGCGUUGCUCAGCGGCAGCAUCCUCAUUGACAUUGCUUACAACCGUGAGCCUAAGAAGAGCGCCGUCGAAGUAGCACAGAAAGCCGGUUGUCCGACCGGUAGCUCACUGGAACUGGUCAACUGUCUGAAACAGUUGCCACUGGAUGACCUUUUGCGGCACUCCGCUUACGACGGUGUUAGUCCGACUCUUCCGUAUGCAUUUGUCGUGGAUGGCGAGCACAUCCCGGAUGUGCCCAUUCGCUCGUUGCAGGCAGGAGCCGGCUCUGCUACACGAGCUCCUCAUGUUUUAACGGGAUAUCUGCGCGAAGACACUUCAUUCUUAUUGCAAGGCAUUGAACCAGAGCUUAACGAUCCCAGCAAACCGGUUACCAUGGACCAGUUGCGGAACAUUGUGGCUAGACGGUAUCUCCCGACCAAAGAAGGCGGUCUAGCCCAGUGCCAAACACCGGACCCCGCCGUGAUCAAUCGCAUUCUGCAGCGAUACAACAUCACUAGCACGACCAACCGGGACGACACCAUUUGGAAAUUCUUUCACUUAGCCACGGAUUCGCAGUUCGGUCACCAAGCGGUCCGUGAGUCUUUACUGUACGCCAAUGGAACAGGCACGAGCCAGCUAUACCGCAUCGAUUACGAUCCUGGAAUGGGUCUAGGAGCGUUCCAUACCCUGGAGAUUAUGCACAUGUUCAGCCCCAUUGUACAGCUAAAUUUGACCUUUGAUGAGCGACUUGUAAAAGCUUUCGGGAUAUGCUGCGCCAGUUGGCGUAUAACGGAAAAAUGGAUGGGCCGAACUUUAGUGCAACCAGCCAGUACCUGCAAAUGAACCAAGCAGGAGAGUGGCUGACCGUGGAUGGCACCGAUCUCCGCGAUAUGCUUCGAUUCUGGGAGGAUGUGGCGCAGAACCCGUGCGCAACAAGCAGCAGUCUUGCCACCCAGGUCGUUAGUUCAUUUGUUUUCCUAACAACUUGUGUUAUCAGCAUGUUAAAAAUGGUUUCAUGGCUGUGAGGGAAGUUUUCGAAUAUUAUUCUGGGCAGAGUAGUAGCUUCUGCUUUAUAUAAAGCCGGGCUACCAAGUUGUAGCGGCAUCAGCACAAUUAAAUACCGCAUUUGCCGGUGUGUAUGUUCCGUGAUCUAAGAACAAAAG